AUGAGUGCAGCAAAGCUUCAAACAAAGAAAGUGCUGCACUGGAACGGCAACAAAAAGCCGUGGAACACUGAUGGUCUUUACAGGGAGAUGUGGUUACCACAUCGCCAGGGCUUCUAUUCUCUGCUGAAGCCGUACAGUGCAAGCGCAGACGGGGGCUCCACUCUGAAGCCACCGGACGCUGGACCGACGGCACCGAAACCGAAAGCGAAAAAGAGCAGCCCCGCUGUCACCACAACCCUCAGCCCCGAAGAGCAAGCUGCCCGAGAAGCUUGUCCUUCGGUGCGGCUGCUGGAUGAGUGGGUUGAAGCAGGUGCGAGUUGUGUGAUGGGCAAGUCCUACGGCUGUCUGGAUCCGCCGAAGGCGGAUGGGAUGUAUGCGAUGGCUGGCUGUGCCGGCCUGUUCAGCGUGUCCGGCAAAGCCACGGUUUGUGGCGUUGGACGGACGAAAUGCGAGCCCGGAGCAGUUCCAAAGAGCGCUGAUUGUGGGCUCAUGAUUUUAACAAGCUAUUUUACAACCAAAAAAGAUUGGCAGCGGGGCAAGUACGUCAAGCCGACAUUUUCCAAAAUUCAGAAGCUUUAUCAGACGGCUGUGACCAACGGCCUCAGUGUAAGCGUUCUGUAUGAUGUGCUUCCGCAAGAGUUUCUUGAUGCGUAUGCCACCGAGCGCUUCCGGUUUGUGCAAGUCAAUCUCACACAAUUUGACAAGAGGUAUGGGGUCAAUGAUGUGCGCUACUUCUUUUUCGAGAGGUUGGUGCAGCAAAACAGAGAUUGGAAGUAUAUCUUUAUCGUUGAUGCAUUCGACGUGAGAUCGGGCAUGAAUCCAUGCUCUGGCAUGCAGCCCGGCAAGAUCUAUGUCGGAGGUGAGCAAGACAGGCUGAAGAAGCACCCGUGGAUGAAGGCCCGCUUCCAGAAGAUGGGGGGUAAGUACAACCAGUGGUACACCACGAAGGUUACGGACAAACUGAAGAUCCUCAACUGCGGCCUCACGGGCGGCCAGCGCGACAUGAUGCUGAAGCUCCUGUCUCGCAUGGUGCAGGUUUUGCAGGAUCCUGCGCUUGCUAUCCGACAGAAGAACGAGGACAUCAACCUGAACAUGGCAGCACUCAACUACAUCCUCUAUGUCGAGUUCGAUGGCAAGUUCCAAUACGGGCCGCCUGUCCACUCGGCGUACAAGAGGUUCGAAAACAAGCGGAAGGAUGUCUGGUGGGUGCACAAGUGA